AUGGCUGAGGAGACUCCAGUAACGAUUUUAACAAACUUUUGCGCGGCCAGCAAACUGCCAUUGCCUGAAUUCACCUUGAUUCAUGACGGAGCGGGCACCAGGAACCCCAUUUUCAAAUUUGAAAUGCGUCUAACAUUGAAGGAUACUAAAAUAACAGUAGUGGGAGCAAGAACCACGAAGACACAAGCUAAACAGGAGUCCGCAAGAUUGGCACUUGAGAAGUUAUCGGAAAUGAAUUUAUUUCACCCAAAAAAAUUGGAGGUUAAGGACACCGUUGAGGCUAGUACAUCCACCAGUGCUAAUUCCGCACCAGUGGGACUGUUAGCUGAGUUUUGUGAUAAAAAACAUCUACCGACACCUUUGUCUAGUUUAGACGAAGAUACAGGGCCGGCUCAUGGCGAAAAAUUUACUACGCAAUGUUCUGUAUCUACUUUUGAAGAAACUGCAAGUGCAUGUACCAAAAAUGAUGCCAAACAGUUAUCGCCUCAGAAAAUGAUAAAUAUGUUAGAUGAAUUAGAUAUUGAUGAGCAUGUAGAACCAAUCAAUGAAACGAUGGUUCCUAAAAUUAUAAAAGCAAGAUCUAAAUUUCAUCUACCGAUUGUGGUAAAUAAUAUAGCGGAAUAUCACCCUUUCGUCAAAUGUGGUGAGGAAAAUUGUAAAAAAGCUGUAUCGAUUUUGAACGAUAAUUCUUUAGGAGCAGAAGAAAAUUGA